AUGUGCUUGCACCUGGCACGGAUGCCUCGUCGAAGAAAUCGCUCGCGGCAAAUGUCAAGCCAUGGCAGACACUGCCGCCGCACCGCCGCAUCGAGCGUGUCGUGCAUUGACCACAUGGGCGAGGCAUGGCGGCUUCGGGGCGAGCAAACUUUUGUCCUGCGUUUCACCUUGCACAUGUUUGGGCGAGACGGUAGGUUCGCAAUGCGGCAAAAGGCACGGGGGCGCGAUAUUGGCUUCGUGGUCCCAGGCGAGCGCCGGCGCCUCAUGGGGCGGCCUCAAGGUGUCGCCGUCGGUGGCAGAAAAGCUUGGCCUUGCGGUCCUUGCCGCAUCGAUUCCCGGAUGACGGCGAGCACAGGGAGGCAGCCGGAUGCCAUGGCGAGAGGAGCAGCAGAUCUGUCACAUAUCUUUGCUCUCCUGCUUGGGACACAAACACAAACCACAUGA